GAUGGGGAAGCCAUAGGGAGUUUGUAUCAUGGCAACAGAUGAGGAUGGACUGGGACUGUUUGAUAUCCGCUACGGUGCUGAAGCUUCCCCCUUCAAGGAAGGUGAUGAGAGCUCAGUGGAUAUUUAUGAUGGCUUGGACAAUGGUUUGACAGUUCCUGACAAUUCCGCUCCAAAUUCUACACCAGCUGGAAACAGCUUAAAUUUAUUUGAUGAGAUAUUAAUUGAAGAAGGGACUGCAAAAGAAGCAUCCUACAACGAGUUGCAGGCAGAAUAUGGAAAAUGUCAGCAGCAAAUUAAAGAGUUGAUGAAGAAAUUUAAGGAAAUACAGGCACAGAAUGUCAUUCUACAGAAUGAAAACCAAGCUCUAAAAAAGAAUAUUUCAGCACUUAUCAAAACAGCAAGAGUGGAAAUUAACCGUAAGGAUGAAGAAAUCAGUAAUCUCCAUCAAAGGCUAUCAGAAUUUCCCAAUCAUCGAAGUAGCUUCACCAGAACAUACCUUCCAGGAUCAACUAAUGGAAGGUGCUCUGAGAUGUGUAAAACAAAAGAUUCCAAAUUCAGACCUUCUGAUUUAGGUGACAGCAUAAAGAUGGAGCAUAGAAUGAAAAAUGACUGUUCAAAAGAUACAUACCAUAGUUACUCAUCUCAUAAUAUGGACAACGGGAAGUCUAGCUCCGAAAAAAGAAACACUCCGUAUUUACUGAGAUACCCUCCUGAAGAGCUCUGCAAUGAUGGUACUCAUACAUGUCUACCGAACUAUGACCAUAGUUCCAACAAGGAUAACAGAAAGGAAAGAAAAGAAAUGAAAAGUAAUGAACAGUAUAGUAGGGGAAACGUCAACAAAUACAAAAGAGAAGUACAUCAGAGCACCGGAAACAAUGGUAACUGUAAUACUGGUGAUAGUGAAGAGGGGAAUUCAGAACCUCCGCAAAAGCUGAAAGCCCUUUCAGAGAAGGCUAGUAAAAAUGAGUUGCAACAAAAAAGUCAGAGCGUAAAACUCAAAUGCAGUCCAAGUGUAGAAAGAAGAGUAGAAAGGGGUGUUUCUUCCUGGGAGAAACAAACUACCAGUAAAGACAGAUUUCAAACAAGAGGUGAAUUGUAUGCUGAUGAUAGAUCACAAAAUUUAUUAAAAAAAGACAUUAAAACACAUGAUAAAGAUGAAAAAAACACUGGCCAAAAAAAUAAACCAAAUGAAAAGCUACAAGAGCAACCAAGGAGGUCUGGUAGAGGGAGUAGUCCACACUCAAAGAAUGAACAUUCAAAGAAUCUUCAUGAAUCACGUAAAUGUCGUGUGGAAGAGUCUAGAAAAGGAAGAGACAUUGACUGCAAGAGAGACAGGGGAACAAAUGAUCAUACUUCUCGAGAAGGAAGGACUUCACCUUCUAAUUCCAACAGCAGAGAGCAUAAACACGCGCGCUUGAAGGAAAAUAGUAGUAGAUAUGAAUGGGAAACAGCACAUUCCAAAUCAGAAAGACACAGAACUGAAGAAAAAAGGAAAAGAGAAAGAGAGAAUCAGGAUGAAAAUAGACAUUUCAGAAAUGAAAGAAAAGUUGCAAAAGAGAUUUCUCACCAAUCUGGAAAAGAAUCCAAGAAAGGUACAGAUAUUACAAAAAGUGAGAGAAACAAGUCCUAUAGGCUAGAAGAAACAUACAGAGUAGCAGAUAGCUUAAAAGACCAUAAAAUCUCCAAAACUAAAGAUGAUCACACUGGGACAAAAAGCAAAGACUUAAAACUUAGCUUUAUGGAAAAGCUAAAUUUAACUCUUUCUCCUGCUAAGAAGCAAUGUCUCUCUCCAACAGAUGGACUUAAAACACCUUCCCAAAAGGCCACUGACGAGGGAAGUACAGAGCUCACGCUGCAGGCAGAACCGUUAGAUUCUGCCCACCCUGUUAACUGUGGUCCCGCAGAGCAAGCUAACUCAACAUUACAAGUUCUGGACAGUGUGGCUCAAAGCGAUGUGGAACCAGCACUACCUAUUCCUGUCAAUUCUGAAAAUGAAGCCUUGAAAGUAGCAGCAGCAGAUCCAGCACAGUCUGAAGCGUUGCCAGCAGUGGCAACUGAUGAACUGAGCUCAGAAACCUUACCAGAAGCAGAAGUGGGUCAGGUACAACCCCAAGCCUUGCCAGGAGCAGCAGAGGUACUGGUUCCUGAUGAGAUGCAGGCUGAAACGUCAGCGGCAGCAGAGGCUUGUGAUCUGGUUGAAUCAGAAGCCUCAGCAACAGCAGUGGCAGUGAUGGAUCUGAAUCACCCUGAACCUUUGCCCCUGGAGGUGGCAGGGAGUGUGGCAGAGUGUGAAAACUUACCUGUGACAGUGGGUGUGAUGCAGGAUGAUGAUGUACCAGCAGCAGAAGUGGCACAAUCCGAACCUGCCAGCGAAAGUAUGGGAGCCCUUUCAGAGUUAGCAGCAGAGAAGAAAGAGGAAGAUAAAAUCUGGCUAGCUGCUGACAUAGAAAGCUCAGCAGACCAACGUGGCUCUCAAAACCUUGUCUUAGAUGACUUGGAAGCCAAAAGUUCUGGUGACCUGGAGUCCUGUGAUGUCGCAGAUGAUAUUAGCAAAAUAAAACCGGACUCUUUAAUGGAAGUAGUGAAGGACGAUGAUCACUUGGCUGCAGAAAAUGUUGAGUGUCCCAUUGAGGAAAAGGGUAUCUGUGAAAUUAAUAUGAGUACAUCUCAGUCACCUGACAGAACUAUGUUAAGUGAUAAGGACGAACCGUUAGUUGACCAGAAUGCUUGUGAUCUGGAGCCGGAUCUAACUGAAAUCAGUACUGCAGCAUCUUCUCUUAGUGGUGAGAUGUAUCCUAAAAUUAAAGAGAGAGAAACUAACCCAGUUCCUGUCGAUGAUGACAGCUCAAUACUGAGCAUUGAUCUCAAUCACUUGAGGUACAUUCCAAAAGCAAUCAGCCCACUGAACAGUCCAAUGCGCCCUUUGGCUAAAGCACUUAAGAUGGAGAGUCCCUGCAAAGGUCUUGUGAAGAGUUAUAACAAAGAUUUGGUUCCUGAAAGUGCAGUUGUCGUCUGUCCCUCAAAGAAUUUGUCAAAGGAGGUAAACAAGGAAAAUCAAAAGCCAGUUAGCAUGUCUGAUGAACACUUAGAGAUGGAGUCCCGGCUGAGUAUCUCUUCAGAUGAAAUAGAAGAAGGAGAAAUCAUAAGUAGUGAUGAAGAUGAAGAAAAAUCAAAACCAGAAAGAUGCUCUGAAAAGACAAAAAAAUCAAGACCAAAAGCUUCUCCUGAGACACGAAAUUUGACCAGCAGUCCGCAGAAUCAAAAGAGCAAAACUGUGUGUUGCAAUGAAGAUAAAGGAAAAUUUGUUUCUGUGAAAGUAAGUACAAAGAAGAACAGAGAGAGGCAUAAAAAUCAGACUUUCAGAUCUUCAAAGGAUAUGAAGAAAAAUAAAACUGUGAGCAUUGCUUGUCUUGAAAAAAUAGUUCAUGUUAUUGUUGAACCUUCAAAUAUACAAGAAAUCAUGCAGAUGCUAAGAGCUAUACGAAAGCAGAUGAGGAAAAAUUAUAUGAAGUUCAAGGUGCACUUUCCAGUUCAGCAUUUUCACAGAAUCAUAGAAUCUGGUAUCAUAAAUUUUACAUCAUUAAUAAAAUACUUGAACUUUUCCAAGAUGUCUACACUAGGUGAGACAUUAAAAUUGAACAUCUGUGAUAUUAUAGAGUCCAAACUUAAACAAGUUAAAAAGAAUGCCAUAGUGGACCGUCUUUUUGAACAACAGGUAUCAGAUAUGAAAAAACAGUUAUGGAAAUUUGUAGAUGAACAGCUUGAUUACUUAUUUGAAAAGAUAAGGAGAAUUACAAUAAAACUAUGUGAUGUGCUAAAUGUGAGAAAUGAGAGUGAGGAAGGGAAGUUUGAAAGAGCAGGAAAACAAAAACACAAAAUCAGUCAUAAAAAUGAUGUGCAAAGAUCUAGAAAAAAGUCCCUGAAAGCCAGAUCUCAGAAGUCUGAAGAAUAUAUCCUUUCAAAGCAAAUUGUGGAUUAUCAACGACCUAAGUGUCACCAUGAGAAAAAUAAAACAGAUGCACCAAAAACUGCCUUUACAAAGUGUCUUAACUCCAUUGAUAACACAAGGAAUUCCCAAACCAAAGUGCACCUCUCUAAAGAGAAUAAUUUGCAAGGCGCGCUCACUCCAUUGAAGGGUGUAAAAUAUGAAAAGGAAGGAUUCCAGCUAUCCAGAGAUGCUAACAAGUCUGAUCUUAGUUAUGAGCUUCUCACGGAACAACAAGCGUCCAGUCUUACAUUUAAUCUUGUAAGUGAUGCUCAAAUGGGUGAAAUUUUCAAAAGCUUAUUGCAAGGUUCUGAUCUCUUGGAAAAAAAUGGUGGCAAUAUUGAUAGACAUGAGUGGGAAUUCAGGACACCAGAAAAACAGUUUUUAGACAGUCAUAAAUGCAGAGGUAAUACGGCCGGACUAGUGCAAGAGAUUGCUCCAAAGGAGGCUUGUUUGGAAUCUCGACCAGUAGAGGAUAUUAACUGGCCUAUUGUUUCACCUGUAAGAGCUCCCUCUUUAACAUCUAGGCUUCAGACGUCUGUUGAUCCAGACGUACUAGAUGAAAGCUGUAUGUUUGAGGUUCCUACAAAUGCAGCUUCAUGCAAAGAAGAUGAAUGCAGUUUACAAAAGAAUAAAUCAUUAGUUUCUUCUAUCCUCCUUGAAGAUUUGGCUGUUUCCUUAACUAUUCCAUCACCUUUGAAAUCAGAUGCUCACCUCAGCUUCCUAAAACCUGAGAAUAAUUCUAGCUCAACUCCCGAGGGUGUUCUCAGCGCACAUUACAGUGAAGAUGCACUUCUUGAAGAGGAGGAUGCCACUGAGCAAGACAUUCAUUUGGCUUUAGAAUCUGAUAACUCAAGCAGUAAAUCAAGUUGUUCUUCAUCAUGGACAAGUCGGCCUGUUGUUCCCGGUUUUCAGUGUCGCCCCAGCCUACCAAUGCAAGCAGUAAUCAUGGAGAAAUCCAAUGAUCAUUUUAUUGUAAAGAUUAGGCGUGCGGUGCCAUCUACCUCGCCAGCAUUUGAUCAGAUGGCUUCAAUGAAGGAAGCACGGGCAUCCUCAACCAAGAAUGAGAAAGAAGAAAUGAGAAGUGGGGAAAAAGAAAAGGACAGUCAGAGUGCCACAGCAGCCACUGUGCAGGAAACUGUCAAACCAGAUCUGGUUAAGACGGAUCAGUUGCCUCACGUCAGCACUGAACAAGAACAAAAUCCUGCCUUACCUCAGCCUCUAAAGGAGUCGCAUAAUAGUAUUGGAAAGGGAGAAGCUACUGGGUUGCCUGGACCCUGUAGAAAAUCUUCAGACACAGAGAGCCAUGACACUGAAAGCCCAGAUGAAGGCUCUGAGCAAUCUCAGACACACAAAUUGAAAGUAUCUGAAAACAUAAAUGAAAUGGGUGUUAGAUCUCAAGCUUCUUUUCCUGCUGGAUGCAGUGUAGAGUCAUACAUAGACUUAACAGAUGAUAUUGUUAGUGAAACUUCAUGUCUUGCAGUGGAAUCCAUUGCAGAUAACAGGACUCAGGAAACUUCUACAGCUAACUCAGAAAACAGUGAUAAAAAGGAAGAACUGGAAGAGUGCUCUGAUGCAUUUAUAGACUUAACAGAAGAGCUUUCCAAUGAGACUGUAGCAGGUGAAUGUAAUCUUGAAACAAAACCCACUUCGAAUACUGAUGUAGGAUGCCAGAUAAGUAUAGGUGAUAAAACUAGUAAAAAAAGGAAAAAGGAGGCUGCCGGAGAGAAUUCCAACUCAAAAAGGCAACGAAAAGAAACUGAAUUGGUGGGUGAAGGGGGUGAUGCAAGUGAUGUGAAACCUGAAGAGGUAAAUUCAGCACCCAAACGAUGUUCCAGUAAGAAGAAUGAAUUGCAGCAGAACAAAGACUCUUCUCCUUUGGCUUCGUCUGCCUCGUCACCUAGUCUGUAUGCCAAAAACAUCAUUAAAAAGAAGGGAGAAGUAGUAGUUUCCUGGACAAGAAAUGAUGACCGAGAAAUUCUACUGGAAUGUCAGAGAAAAGGACCAUCAAGCAAAACCUUUGUUUCCUUAGCCACUAGGCUGAACAAAAGCCCAAAUCAGGUUUCAGAAAGAUUCAAGCAGUUAAUGAAGCUGUUCAAGAAAUCCAAGUGCAAGUAAACUUGCCACCAAGUUGCUUCGUGGUUACAGGGUUUAGCUGUUACCAGCAACGAUGGGCUACAACCACUGCACUCAUAUGGUGGGAUUAGUGGGAGGUAUCCAAGCCAGAACACCGAGUUUGGUAACUCUGAUGCACUGUUAACUAUUUACUUCCCUGCCCAUGUUUCCUCUGAAGUGCUUUAUCGCAAUAACACAGAGGGAACUUUACAAACAAACUGGCUAGGAAAGAAUGUGCACAUACAAAUGGAGCAGUAUCGUUUCAAGGGGGUGACGUCUCCUGUUGGUUACAUGCGUUCUAUAAGCAAAGACAAGGGCGUGCAGUCAAGUGAAAAUGGUGGCUCUUGCUUAACUUGUCAGAAGUACUGCAUAUGGUAAUGUUGAACUAUGAUUUUAAGAAGUGAAAGUGCUUUGGAAUCCAGUUGGUAGAUAAUCCUGGAAAAUGACAGGUACGUCACCUUGGUUACCUUGAAACAUAUUUUAAGAAGUUAGGCCUUUUUUCUUUUAAAGUAAGGUAGGGCAAUGAUAGCAGUAAUUCCAAAACCUGCUCAUCUAGUAAUAGGAUUCUGAUGGUAAGGAAUAGGUGGUUCUUGCUUCUUUGUCAGUUGCUCAUAGUGGGUUUCAAUGAGAGAAUCUGGCACUGAGUGUAGGGUUUGUCUUCAACUUCAAGCACAUUAUCUAAGCCAUUUCUUAAGGACUCCAGUGUUCAACAGAGAUGAAUGAAUUUUUCUUUGAGGGUGCCCAUCUGUCGUCAUUGACAAUGGAGAAAAUCGAAGCCAAUUGUCUAGUCUAGACCCCUAACUUUCCAAUUUUUGAAGUCAAAUAAAAUGAGUUCCAACCUCUGUGAGAGAGUGAAGCCAGUCAUU